AUGGACGACUUGGAGGAUCAGGACAUUUCGAUAGACGAUAUCGAACUGCCCUUGGAGCAAGCUGAGUUCCAGCCGGAGCGUUCCUGCUGGAUAUGCUAUACUUCGGAAGUGGAAAACGAAGCGGGCGAUAAUUGGCUAAAUCCUUGCAAGUGCCGCGGCACAAGCAAAUGGGUGCAUCAGGAUUGCCUUUACCGUUGGGUCGAUGAGAAGCAGCAGGGAAAUCCACAUCAAUCGGUUGAGUGUCAGCAGUGUCAGACGAGUUACAUUAUUCUCUUGCCCCAGAUGACUCGCUUGGCCCUGUUUUUGGAGAAAUGCGAUUAUGUGGUGCGCCGCAUGUGUCCCUAUGUGCUUGUGGUAUUAGUUUUCAGCUCAGUUUACUGGACAGCCGUAACAUACGGGGCGAUUACAGUAGUUCAGGUUGUCGGCUAUCGUCAGGGCAUGGACCUAUUGAAGCAGUGCAGUUCAGUGUCCUUGAUACUUGUUCUGCCGGUGAUACCGGUUAGCCUGUUUGUAAUUCGUCUCGUACGCUGGGAGAAUGUUGUCUUGCGCUUCAUAAGAUCUCCCAAUGUUUGGAAUAGAUGUCGAGUCCUAAAAUGGAUGUUCAAUACGCAAUCAAAGCUGGAUGAGAACACUGACGAGGAUGAAGAUGAAUCACCUGGGCCGCUAAUGGCAAUCUUAGCGGACCCAAUGCAUGCUGCCCGUUUUUUUGUUGGCGCCAUCUUUUUGCCCACGGUAGCCACCAUUGUGGGCAAAUUGGUAUUCAAUCAAGUUGAGCAGCCGUUGGUUCAAACUCUGCUCGGUGGAGCCACCUACAUUGGUAUCAAGGGCAUACUAAAGAUAUAUCUUCGCCAGAUGCAGUAUCUAUGCAAGCGUGGUCGUCACAUUCUUAACUAUUCGGACGAGACUGAUUCCCCACCAAGUUAG